UCUGCGCAUGUCUGCUACGUUGGCAUUGCCUCCGUGGAUUCGUAUUUUGUUUUCUUUCCCUAAAAGUCGCCUUCUUCCUAAGGCAAAAUGACUACCUAUCAGGAGUACAUUAACCAAAAUGAAGACAGAGAUGGUGUUAGAUUUAGCUGGAAUGUUUGGCCGUCAAGUCGGCUGGAAGCCACGCGAAUGGUCGUUCCAGUUGGUUGUACUUAUACACCACUGAAAGACAGACCAGAUCUUCCCCCUAUUUGCUACGAUCCUGUGCUAUGUUCUCGAAAUAGCUGCCGAGCCGUGCUGAAUCCGUUAUGUCAAGUGGACUACAGAUCGAAAGUGUGGCACUGCAACUUUUGCUUCCAGAGAAAUGCAUUUCCGCCCCAGUAUGCUGGUAUCUCGGAGCAGCACCAGCCGGCAGAACUCAUCCCUCAGUUCUCUACUAUUGAGUACACACUGCAACGUGGCGGCAACACUGGUCCCCUGAUAUUCCUUAUCGUCAUGGAUACGUGUAUGGAUGAAGAAGAUUUCCAGGCUGUAAAGGAAUCCCUCCAGAUGUCCCUGAGUUUGAUGCCUCCAAAUGCCCUUGUGGGGUUGAUCACAUUUGGAAAGAUGGUCCAUGUCCAUGAACUAGGGUGUGAUGGCUGCUCCAAGAGUUACGUCUUCCGUGGAACAAAGGAUCUGACUGCCAAACAGAUACAGGAAAUGCUGGGUUUGGGAGCAGCUGCGAGGGGAGGACAAGCAGGACCCAGACCAGGGCAACCACCGCAACAUACUGACUCAUUCAACAGAUUUCUCCAACCUGUUCACAAGUGUGACAUGACCCUUACUGACCUGCUGGGUGAACUCCAGCGCGACCCCUGGCCUGUGUCGACAGGCAAACGCCCUCUAAGGUCAUCUGGUGUGGCCUUAUCAAUUGCUGCAGGACUUCUUGAAUGCACUUAUCCGAACACUGGUGCAAGGAUCAUGUUGUUCAUGGCAGGGCCUGCUACUCAGGGUCCUGGCAUGGUGGCAGACAAUGAGCUUAAGAACCCAAUGAGAUCACACCACGACCUGGAGAAAGACAAUGCCAGACAUGUCAGGAAGGCUCUCAAGUAUUAUGAAGCCUUGGCAAAACGAGCUGCAGAAAAUGGUCAUGUGAUGGACAUCUUUGCCUGCCAGCUGGACCAGACUGGGCUCCAUGAGAUGAAGUUUUGCCCUAAUCUAACAGGUGGUCACAUGGUGAUGGGAGAUUCAUUCAACACUGCUCUGUUCAAGCAGACGUUCCAAAGAGUGUUUGCAAAAGAUGUGAGAAGUGAGUUCAAGAUGUCAUUUGGCGGAACAGUAGAAGUCAAGACUUCAAGGGAACUUAAAGUGUCUGGGGCCAUUGGCCCCUGUAUUUCCAUGGACAGGAAAGGACCUAAUGUCUCUGAAACUGAAAUUGGAAAUGGGGGCACUAGUGCCUGGAAAUUCUGUGGUCUAGAUCCAUCAACGACAGCCACAUUCUUCUUUGAAAUCGUCAACCAGCACACGGCACCUGUACCUCAAGGAGGGCGGGGUUGCAUCCAAUUCAUCACUCAAUACCAGCACUCCAGUGGUCAACGGAGAGUGCGCGUCACAACAUGUGCAAGAAACUGGGUAGAUGCAUCUAAUGUUGGUCACAUCGCCCUGGGAUUCGACCAGGAGGCUGCUGCUGUGCUUAUGAGCAGAAUAGCAGUGUUCAGAGCUGAGGGAGAUGAUGGCCCUGAUGUCUUGCGAUGGCUUGAUAGAAUGCUCAUCCGGCUUUGCCAGAAAUUUGGCGAAUACAACAAGGACGACCCUGCCUCAUUCCGCCUUGCAGAAAACUUCUCUCUUUAUCCACAGUUCAUGUUCCAUUUACGGCGAUCUCAAUUCUUACAAGUCUUUAACAACAGUCCAGAUGAGACAGCAUACUACAGACACAUCCUGAACCGAGAAGAUGUGACAAACUCUCUGAUCAUGAUCCAACCAAUCCUCUACUCAUACUCCUUCCAAGGCCCUCCCGAGCCUGUGUUACUUGAUUCAAGUAGUAUUCUCCCGGACAGAAUCCUGCUGCUCGACACAUUCUUCCAGAUUCUCAUAUACCAUGGAGAUACCAUCUUUCAGUGGAAGAAGGCGGGCUACCAAGAAGCCCCAGAGUAUGAGAGCUUCCGCCAGCUACUGCAGGCCCCAGUAGAUGACGCAGGCGAGAUCCUGCAGGUCCGCUUCCCCAUGCCUCGGUACAUUGAGACGCACCAUGGCCACAGCCAGCAACGCUUCCUGCUGUCCAAAGUGAACCCAUCCCAGACGCAUAACAACAUGAUGGCGUGGGGUCAGGACAACACCGGCGCACCCGUACUCACAGACGACGUCAGCCUGCAAGUAUUUAUGGAGCACCUCAAGAAACUUGCCGUCUCCAAUACCUCGUAAGCACGCGGUGCACACGUGGCCGCUUCUCCGAGUUCACGUGAUAAUUGCAUUGAGAUGGUCACGUGAUUGCACUUGACGUACUCGGAACCGCAAGUGGUAGUAAAGUAGGUCACGUGUUUAAUACACGUGACUGGGAAUUUUAUCGAAAUGUUUCUAGAUCGCUAUUGAAAAUGAAUUUAAAAACUGAUAUAGUAAUAAACAGAGAAAAGAGAUA